AUGACCAUAACCACAACUGGCCUCUCACAGCCCUUGGAAGAGGAGCGACUUCCCUGGUACCACCCAGAUCAAUUCUACCCGAUGCGCAUCGGAGAAACAAUCAACUCUAGGUACAGAGUGCUCGGAAAGCUCGGCUACGGGGCCUACUCUACCGUGUGGCUUUGCCGAAACAUGGACGAUGAUGACUAUGUGGCUGUCAAGGUCUGCACUCGCACUCGAGAAGCCGAAGCCGCCCAAUCCGCACGUACGUACCGAGAGCUUCGAUUCUACGAGCAUGUCAGCUCCCUCGAUUCGCAGCACCCCGGUCAAUAUUACAUCCGUGGUCUCUAUGAGACAUUCCAACUCGACGGUCCUACCGGGCAACACUUGUGCUUGGUCCAUCCCCCGAUGCAUAUGACGAUUCGAGAACUGCAGUACCAGAACUCAUCACAGCGGCUCACUGCAUUGCUUUUGAAGUGGACCUUGCGCAACGUCCUGAAUGUACUUUCCUUUCUGCACGAUGAAGCCAAGGUCAUCCACACGGAUAUCAACCCGUCCAACAUCAUGCUCACGAUCGAGGACGAAUCCCUCCUCUCGGAUUUCGAGCGAGCGGAGAUCGAGGAACCGUCGCCGAUGAAGGUGCUCAACGACGGCCGCGCCAUCUACGCCUCCCGUAAGUUGGGUCUCCCCAAAGGUUUGCUGUGGGGUCAGCCGGUGCUAUGUGAUUUUGGAGAGGCUCGAAUUGGGGAUUCUCACACCGGACUCAUCCAGCCGGAACAGUAUCGCGCUCCAGAGGUGUUGUUCAAUAUGGGAUGGACCUCGAGUGUCGAUAUUUGGAACAUUGCGGUCUUGAUCUGGGAUUUAUUCGAAAAUCAACAAUUAUUCCAUGCCCACGACGAGAACAACCAGCCGUCAGCCACUCACCAUGUCGCUGAAAUGGUCGCGUAUCUGGGCCUCCCUCUUCUCGAGUACAUGCACCGAAGUGAAAUCACCAGCAAGGUUUUUGACGAACAAGGUGGCUGGAAAGCCGCAGACGGAGUGGACGUGCCACCGCUCUCUCUAGAAGAAUCCGUCACGGGUCUCCAGGCCGACGACAAAGCGGACUUUCUCGCCUUCGUCCGCUCAAUGCUCACAUGGCUGCCGGAGGAGAGGAGGGGGGCAACGGAAAUAUUGAAGGAUCCAUGGUUGGGCUAA